AUGCGAGGCUUGGCUUCCAAGAACGGUGUACAUAUUGAAACGGGUCCGGAUACAGAAUCGUCCGCGGACUCUGGUCACUUCUCUAUAGGUUUAAGCGGCAAGGUUCGUAAACCAAGGUCGAAAGUAAGUAAAGCGUGCGAUAACUGUAGAAAAAGAAAGAUAAAAUGUAAUGGGAAGUUUCCAUGCGCAAGCUGUGAGAUAUAUUCGUGCGAGUGUACGUUCAGCUCCAGACAAGGUGGCAGUCGAAUAAAAAAUCUUCAUAAGACGAGUUUGGAGGGCACAACGGUGCAAGUCAAGGAAGAAACUGAUUCUAGUUCUGCUUCUCUUUCUAAUAAUCAGCGAUGUACGGACGGGCCAUCCGCAGUAGAACAACCCACGAAAUUUUUCGAAAAUUUCAAGCUGGGUGGCCGUAGUAGUGGUGAUAAUAGUGGAAGUGAUGGGAAGGACGAUGAUGUGAAUAAGAAUGGGUUUUAUGAAGAUGAUAGCGAAUCGCAGGCAACUUUGACAUCUUUACAAAACACUUUGAAAAAUUUGAAGGAGAUGGCUCAUUUAGGCACUCACAUAACGUCAGCUAUUGAGAGCAUUGAGUUUCAGAUAAAUGACCUGAUCAAGCACUGGGAACCCAAAGUGAGGGUCAAAGAAUUAGCGACAACGAAAUUUUACCCUAAUAAGUCAAUAGAAACUCAAUUAAUGAAAAAUAAAUAUUGUGAUGUGGUGCAUUUAACAAGAUAUGCCGCUUGGUCGAACAAUAAGAAGGACCAAGAUACUUCUAGUCAACCUCUGAUCGACGAAAUCUUUGGUUUGUACUCUCCUUUCCAGUUUUUGUCGCUUCAAGGUAUCGGUAAAUGUUUCCAAAAUUAUAGAUCCAAAUCUAAAUGCGAGAUUUUCCCCAGGACAGCCAAGGAAACCAUAUAUAUCAUGUUAAGAUUUUUUGAUGUUUGUUUUCAUCACCUCAACCAAGGAUGUGUCUCCAUAGCUAAUCCCUUGGAAAAUUACCUGCAGAAAAUGAAUCUUUUACCUUCAACUCCAUCUUCAAUAUCUUCUGCAGGAAGCCCGAAUACAGCACACACAAAAUCACAUGUAGCGUUAGUGAUAAAUCAUUUACCGCAGCCCUUUGUGAGAAAUAUAACAGGAAUAAGUAAUUCCGAACUACUAAGUGAAAUGAAUAAUGAUAUCAGCAUGUUUGGCAUCUUAUUGAAGAUGUUGGAUAUGCACAAAAAUUCGUAUCAAAAUUUCCUAAUGGAAAUAACAUCUAAUCCAUCCGUGGCCAAAAACACGCUAUCAACUGAUGUCUUGCAGGAGUUUAUCCAUUAUUGUCAAGCUGGAGAAGCACUAAUCGCCUUAUGUUACAGCUACUAUAAUUCCACAUUAUACAACUACGUGGACUUUACAUGCGACAUUACGCAUUUAGAGCAACUUCUAUUCUUUUUAGAUCUGCUAUUUUGGCUAUCGGAGAUAUACGGUUUUGAAAAAGUCUUGAACGUAGCAGUUCAUUUCGUCUCAAGAGUUGGUUUGUCAAGGUGGGAAUUUUACGUGGGUCUUGAUGAAACCUUUGCCGAGAGAAGAAGAAACCUCUGGUGGAAAGCUUUCUAUUUCGAAAAAACUUUAGCAUCUAAACUGGGCUAUCCUUCGAACAUCGAUGACUCCAAAAUUAAUUGUUUAUUGCCCAAGGAUUUUCGAGAUGUUGGGUUCUUGGAUAAUAGAGAUUUUAUCGAAAAUGUUCACUUGAUUCACAGAAGCGAAGCUUUUGACAACAUGUGCAUAUCCAACUUGAAAGACUAUGGGGAGUUAGCUGUUUUGCAAAUCGUCAGCCAUUUCUCAUCAUCUGUUUUAUUCAAUGAAAAAUUCACUUCAAUUAGGAAUACAUCAAAACCAUCUAUAGUUAGAGAGAAACUUCUCUUCGAAGUACUUGAGAUUUUUAACGAGACUGAAAUGAAAUAUGAUGCUAUUAAGGAGCAAACUGGAAAAUUGUUUGAUAUUGCAUUUUCAAAGGAUACUACUAAACUCAAAGUUUCAAGAGAGGACAAGAUCAUGGCUUCAAGAUUUGUUUUAUUUUAUGAGCACCAUUUCUGCAGAAUGGUUAAUGAAUCCGAUAAUAUUGUUGCAAGAUUAUGUGUUCACAGGAGGCCCUCAAUAUUAAUUGAGAACUUGAAAAUAUACCUUCAUAAGAUUUACAAAUCGUGGACAGAUAUGAAUACGAUCUUAUUAGAUUUUGAUAACGAUUAUUUCGUGUACCGUUCGUUUGCUCAUUAUUCCAUCAGUUGUAUCAUUUUGGUAUCGCAGGCAUUCUCAGUUGCAGAAUUCAUUAAGGUCACUGACGUUAUAAAUAUGAUUAGAGUCUUCAAAAGAUUUCUGGACAUUAAAAUUUUCUCCGAAAAUGAGACCAAUGAGCAUGUCUUCAACAGUCAAAGCUUCAAAGACUAUACAAGAGCCUUCUCCUUCCUGACAAUCGUCACUCGUAUCAUGCUUUUGGCAUACAGAGAAUCCUCUAGUACCAACCUGGAUGUUAUCUCUAAAUAUAUAGAAGAACAUGCCCCAGAUUUGAAAGGAAUAAUAGAACUUGUGCUAGAUACAAACUCCUGCGCCUAUAGAUUUUUAUUGGAGCCUGUUCAGAAGUCAGGAUUCCAUUUAACUGUCUCACAAAUGUUGAAAAAUAGGCAGUUUCAGGUACCACUAAUGUCAAAUGAAGAUAAAAAGCAAAUGAACCUUAAGACGGGGAGGAAAUUGAGUCCGGAUCUCCCAAAUUUCAAGGCGGGCAGUUCAUGCUUAUUAAAUGGCAUUGAAUCACCGCAAUUGCCAUUUAGUGGUCGCUCAGCACCUUCUCCGGUAAGAAAUAACUCAUUACCGGAGUUUGCGCAACUGCCCUCAUUUAGAUCAUUGUCGGUGUCAGAUAUGAUCAAUCCCGAUUACGCACAACCAACAGACGGUCCAAAUAAUCCACAAAUCCAAUCUAAUAAAUCAUCUCGAUCGACCAAUGCCCAACCGCAAAUACCCACUUCGAUGCAAGUACCAUUUAUGGACACAAAUGAAAACAACAACAACAACAACAACAAUAACAAUAACAAUAGUUUUUCUGCAACAAGCUUUAAUUUGGGAACGCUAGAUGAAUUUGUAAAUAACGGUGAUCUUGAGGACCUCUACAGUAUCCUGUGGAGUGACGUUUAUCCGGACAAUUAA